AUGAUCCCUCCCAUCAUCGCUCUCGAGGAGCAUUACCUCUCUCCCGUCGUGCUCGAUGCAUUCGACGAGGAGUUCCAAGAGCAGUUCAAGGCCAUUCCGGCUGCAAAGAGCAUGCUCAGCGAUCUGGGUGACCUGAGACUGAAGGAAAUGGCAAAGGGCAGGAUUUCCAUGCAAGUCGUCUCUCAUGCAUGUUCUCCCGGUGGACCCAGUCCCGAUCAAUGCCGGCAAGGGAACGAUCAAAUGGCUGCAUCCAUUGAGAAGAACAAAGACCGAUUCGCUGGCUUCGCAGUACUCCCUGUAUCAGACCCAGAGGCGUCAGCAAAGGAGUUGGAACGAUGUGUCAAGGAUCUUGGGUUCGUCGGUGCACUGAUCGACAACCACGCGAACGGGAAGUAUUUCGACGGCGAGGAAUACGAUGUGAUGUGGCGGGUGGCGGAGGAGCUGGAUGUGGCGAUCUACCUACAUCCCACCUGGCCGGCGGAGAAUAUGAUGCACCAAUAUACCGGCAACUUCACCGAUGGAGCAAGUCGCAGUCUGGGCGCUUCAGGCUGGGGUUGGCAUACGGAGACCGGUCUCCACGUUCUACGACUCUUCGCGGCAGGCCUCUUCGACAAGUUUCCCAAGCUGAAGAUCAUCAUCGGUCACUUCGGCGAGAUGCUUCCCUUCAUGAUCCAGCGGGUGGUCAAUCUGAGUGGCCGAUGGGGCGACAUCAAGCGGAAGUUGAAGGAAGUGUGGGAAGAGAACAUCUGGAUCACGACGUCGGGUGUCUGGUCUCUGGAUCCGCUGCGGUGUAUACUGGGCAAUACAAAGAUCGAUCACAUUUUGUUCAGCGUUGACUACCCGUUCGAACGCACUGAGAAUGGCUUGAAGUGGUUGGAGGAAUUGGAGCAGAGUGGACUGGUCUCUCAGGAGGAGUUGGAGAUGAUUGCGUAUAAGAAUUCGGAGAAGUUGCUGCGAAUCAAGGCACCGAUGUGA